CGCUGGGUGCAGGGCCCGGGGAGCGGAUCCGCCAUAUUGGAGCCGGAGCCGAAGGUGCCUUGGAGCCGCGGCGCGAGGCUGGGGGAGGGGACGGCCGUGGCCUGGGUCGGAGAGCAGCCGGCUCGGCCGGGGCCCGCGAGCCUGGGCGGCGAAUGAGCUGCUCGGACUAGUCUCCUCCCCGCACACUCCCUCCACUUUCUGCUGCCGGGACUCGGCCGGCAGCCGGCCGCGGCGGCGGCAGAAUGUUCUCCAAGAAGCCGCACGGGGACGUGAAGAAGUCCACCCAGAAGGUGCUGGACACCAAGAAGGACGCCCUGACCCGCCUCAAGCACCUGCGCAUCGUCAUCGAGAAUGCAGAAUCUAUCGAUCUCAAACAGUUUUUUGAUCAACAUUUUUCUCAUAUUUACUAUGUGUUCUUUGAGAAUUUUGUGAUGAUUGAAGCUAGUCUUAAACAAAAAGGUCACAAGUCUCAAAGGGAGGAAUUGGAUGCGAUACUUUUUAUUUUUGAGAAAAUUUUACAACUUCUUCCAGAAAGAAUUCAUCAGCGUUGGCAGUUUCAUAGUAUUGGAUUGAUUUUAAAGAAACUACUCCACACAGGAAACUCCUUAAAGAUUAGGCGGGAAGGUGUUCGUCUUUUCUUACUAUGGUUGCAAGCUCUUCAGAAUAACUGUAGCAAAGAACAGCUUUGGAUGUUUUCAUGCUUAAUCCCUGGAUUUUCAGCACCACAAUCUGAACAUGGACCUCGAACUUUAGAUAAUCUUAUUAAUCCUCCACUAAACCUUCAAGAAACUCAAGUCACUAUAGAAGAAAUUACUCCUCUUGUCCCACCUCAAUCAGGAGAUAAAGGGCAAGAAGAUCUCACAAGCUAUUUUCUUGAAGCACUUUUAAAAUAUAUAGUAAUUCAGGUAAAAAGUUUAGAAUGGAAGAACAAAGAAAACCAAGAAAGAGGAUUUUCAUUUUUGUUUUCACAUUUUAAGAAAUAUUACUUGCCUUACAUUUUCCCAAACAUCUGCAAGGAGAACAGUUUAUAUCAUCCUAUACUUGAUAUCCCACAGACAAGACCAAAGCCACAUUAUGUCUUGGUAAAAAAGGAUGCUGAAACCAAUGAAGCAAUCUAUUGUACAAAGGAGCCUUUCAUUAAGGCUCGUGUUAUUGUCAUUCGUUGGCUAGUUUCUUUCUGGCUGGAGCCAAAACCACAUGCAGGACCUCAUAUUCCUGGGAUGGAAGGUGAAGUCUUGCCAAAGAAUAUUCAGAGAGCAGCUGCUAGUUUGGUAUCCAGAGAAGAAAACAAAAAUGAUAAUGCUGAUAAAGCAGACAGAGCUACAGAACCAGAACAAUCUCAUUCCAAUACCAGCACUCUCACGGAGCGAGAACCUAGCUCAUCUAGUCUCUGUAGUAUUGAUGAAGAACAUCUUACAGACAUUGAAAUAGUUCGCAGAGUUUUUUCUUCCAAAAGAAGUAAUGUAAACUUUGUCACAGAGAUAUUUCGUCAGGCAUUUUUAUUACCAAUUUGUGAAGCAGCAGCUAUGAGAAAAGUGGUAAAAGUUUACCAAGAAUGGAUCCAGCAAGAGGAAAAACCUUUGUUCAUGCAAGAGCCUGAAGAAGUUGUGAUCACUUCUUCAGACCUCCCUUGUAUAGAAAAUGUCGCAGACCAUGAUAUUUCAAUGGAAGAAGGAGAAAAAAGAGAAGAGGAAAAUGGGACCAAUAUUACUGAUCAUGUUCGGAAUUCCAGUUGGGCAAAAAAUGACUCCUACCAAGAGUCUCUUCAUGAUACUUCUGAAGAAGCCACAGAACAAAGCAUACAAGCUGGUACACAGGCAGUUUUGCAGGUGUUUAUUAUAAAUUCAUCAAAUAUAUUUCUUCUUGAACCUGCAAAUGAAAUAAAAAGUCUUCUGGAUGAGCACACAGAUAUGUGUAAACGCAUUCUUAAUAUUUAUCGGUACAUGGUUGUGCAAGUAUCAAUGGACAAAAAGACUUGGGAACAGAUGCUGCUUGUGUUGCUCAGAGUCACGGAGUCUGUACUGAAGAUGCCAUCACAAGCUUUUCUGCAGUUCCAGGGGAAAAAAAAUAUGACCUUGGCAGGUCGACUUGCAGGACCACUUUUCCAGACCCUUAUAGUUGCCUGGAUCAAAGCAAACCUAAAUGUGUACAUCUCCCGAGAACUUUGGGAUGACUUAUUGUCAGUAUUGUCAUCGUUGACCUAUUGGGAAGAGUUGGCCACUGAGUGGUCACUGACUAUGGAGACAUUAACUAAAGUUUUAGCUAGGAAUUUAUAUAGUUUGGAUCUUAGUGAUUUACCAUUGGAUAAGCUGAGUGAACAGAAGCAAAAAAAGCACAAAGGAAAAGGAGUUGGACAUGAAUUUCAGAAGGUUUCAGUUGAUAAGUCAUUUUCCAGAGGAUGGAGUCGUGAUCAGCCUGGCCAAGCACCAAUGAGACAGAGAAGUGCAACAACCACUGGUUCCCCAGGAACCGAAAAGGCGAGGAGUAUCGUACGGCAAAAAACUGUUG